GUAGCGUAGCUUAUGUGCGCCGCGACAAAGACAGCGAGACCGAAACCUAUGGGGAAGGAAUAAAAAAAGAAAUCGGGUAUCGUCGCACUGUUCGUCCAGAGUCCGUCGUUUUCUGUGGAGCUCGCUGCCCCGGGGGCCUCGGUGAAGACGCCGAAAUAAGACGGCGGCAGAGCGGGUUGUGGAGCCAGCGUGAAGCCGCCGAAGAAGACCGUGUCCACUGGCAGAUUUUCCGUUGGAGCUUCUGUAGGCUAGCGUAUAUAGCGAAGGAGCCGCCAUGGCAGCCGGAUCAUUGAGCCUCCACAUCGGGAUAUGAAGAGGAGCCGCAUGUGUCCCCGAAUCGUCACGUAAACGCCGCAUUUAUCCGCGAUUUAUCCGAACCCAGCCCCGCUUCAUCUUUUGUGAAACUGAUUCUGCCUCCAGAAGGAAAAAUUGCAGUCGGGUUUUAACCGGGGGGCCACAGGGAGAGGCCAGAUCCAUGACUAUUUCAGUCGGAGACGUGUCUGCUAAGGCCCGCUGAGAAAAACCUGGAAUAUAAAGAGGAGACGAUGCUCUGAUCGACCGCUGCUGAGACAGAACAGGGUCGUUUUAUUAGGAACCAGCGGGAUAAAGGGGUAUCUUUCUGCCUGACCACCCUGUGCAUUACUGUGACAUUAUUCAUUUACUGGCAGUCCUCCUUUGGAUGAGAAGGGUCUGCGAAUCGAUCAGCCCCGCCGCUUAAGCAAGUCACAGUCUCCCGGAGGUCGAGAGAAACGUAUCGGGGAUUUGGAUCAUGUCGGGUCGGCCCAGGACCACAUCCUUCGCGGAGAGCUGCAAACCAGUGCCGCAGCCCUCCGCUUUCGGCAGCAUGAAAGUCAGCAGGGAUAAGGAUGGAAGCAAGGUAACAACAGUUGUGGCCACUCCGGGCCAAGGCCCAGAUCGGCCACAGGAGGUGAGCUACACAGACACCAAGGUCAUUGGCAACGGCUCGUUCGGCGUCGUCUACCAGGCUAAGCUCUGCGACUCCGGAGAGCUGGUGGCCAUCAAGAAGGUCCUGCAAGACAAGAGGUUUAAGAACCGUGAGCUGCAGAUCAUGAGGAAGUUGGACCACUGCAACAUCGUCCGCCUGCGUUACUUCUUCUACUCCAGUGGUGAUAAGAAAGAUGAAGUGUAUCUGAACUUGGUCCUGGACUACGUUCCUGAGACUGUCUACAGAGUGGCAAGACACUACAGCCGAGCCAAACAGACCCUGCCCAUGGUUUUUGUCAAGUUGUACAUGUACCAGCUGUUCAGGAGCCUGGCCUACAUCCAUUCGUUUGGAAUCUGCCAUCGGGACAUCAAACCCCAGAAUCUGCUGCUGGACCCGGAGACCGCUGUGCUCAAGCUCUGUGACUUUGGCAGUGCUAAGCAGCUGGUCCGUGGAGAGCCAAAUGUUUCCUACAUCUGCUCUCGCUACUAUCGAGCCCCUGAGCUCAUCUUUGGUGCCACUGACUACACUUCCAGUAUAGAUGUGUGGUCAGCCGGCUGCGUACUGGCAGAGCUGUUGCUAGGGCAGCCAAUCUUUCCUGGUGACAGUGGAGUGGAUCAAUUGGUUGAAAUCAUCAAGGUUCUCGGCACCCCGACCCGAGAGCAGAUCCGUGAGAUGAACCCCAACUACACCGAGUUCAAGUUCCCCCAGAUCAAGGCACAUCCUUGGACUAAGGUGAGUCAACAGGUGUUCCGGCCGCGCACGCCCCCCGAGGCCAUCGCCCUGUGCUCUCGUCUGCUGGAGUACACGCCCACGGCCCGCCUCACUCCCCUGGAGGCCUGCGCACACUCCUUCUUUGACGAGCUGCGCGAACCCAACGUCAAGCUGCCCAACGGGAGAGAGAAGCCCUCCCUCUUCAACUUCACCACCCAAGAAUUAUCCAGUAAUCCCUCUUUGGCCUCCAUACUCAUCCCGGCCCACGCCCGCAGCCAGGCCUCCGCCUCCACCCCAACCAACACCUCUGCCACCACAGAUGGCAGCAGCACAGAGCGAGGUCCCAGCACCACCACCGCCUCGGCCUCGGCAUCCAACUCCACCUCCUGA